AUGUGGUACCCGGCUCAUAUGGUGUCGGGUACCAUCCAGGCCUCACUACGCAUGCGAGGGCAAUAUCAGGCAAGGCAGGAAAGCUGUUACUUCCAGAAUGAAAUCCAUUGUUUCACGGCCUUGCCGGCCGAAGUCGCCAACCAAAGAUGUUGGGAAGAGCACUUGGCAAGGGGACGCAGCCACGGCUUCGGGUGGUGGUUCUGGAAGCCGGCGUUGGUGAAUCACCUUCUACGGACAGGGGCCCUCCGUGAUGGUGACACCUUGGUCUACUGCGACGCAGGGUGCGUGAUCGAUCCAAGGUCAGGCCAAAGCUGGGAAUCCUUGUUGGAACGAGUGCAGCCGGAGGAAGGACUGCUCGACAUCGUGGCUUUCCACCACCAACAUCUGGAGCAUCGCUACACAAAGGGUGACACCUUUGCACACUUUGGUGCGCGGUGGGACGAGGACUUCGGUUUGAGCUGUCAGUUGGUUGGCGGCUACUGGCUGGCAAAGAUCAAUGCCAGGACCAGAGACCUUUUCGCACGCUGGGAGGACCUUGCCAAGGAAGUGUCGUUGAUCUCCGAUGAUGAACCUCGCGUGCCAAACCCUCAGUAUGUGGAGAAUCGUCAUGACCAAAGUCUCUUCUCUAUGCUUAUGAAGAGCAGCGGCGCCGUCUUCGAGCGAAAGAACGAUGAGCAUUUCAAUGCCGCCGGCGCGCCGGGCAGAGGGUGCACAACCUUCCAGUCCACUGUGGGCACGAUGCAUCCGCAGCUGGGCGUCUCCGGUCUGAAGGCCGUCGUCCUUCAAGAUGUAGGUUGGCCCAUCUCUGGCGAUCCUCUUCAGCCGAUAAAGGCAGCGCGGCGCGCAGAAGGUCAACUGCCCAAGGACAUGGACCUCGGUGGUGAGGGCUGCUAUUGA